AGAACAAGAAGGAGAGGAAGAAAAAUGGUGGCAGGCGAACGCCCCUCCUGUUUCUUCUUCUCUCAAUAUAUAUAGCCAAUCCAACUCUAUCCUUCCUAGGAAGAAGAAGAGAGUAUUUUCCACUGAUAACGAGCAAGGCAAGUGGGUAAUCGAUGGUAACGACGACCCGAAUCGCGUUUAUUGUCACGAUCGCAACGUUGGCACCAUUCUUUUUGAUCGCCGGCGUCAAUGCCUCCACCAAAUUCCGGGAAGCCCCGAGGUUCGACAACUCACCAACCUGCCCGACGAUCGGCGGUGCGACCGGCUCCGCGGCCAGCAGCGACGCGCUCUGCGUCAGUGGUCUAACGCACGUCGCCAUGACGCUCGACGCCCAGUAUCUCCGCGGCUCCAUGGCAGCAGUUCUGUCUGUGGUGCAGCACUCCGUCUGCCCGGAGAACCUCGCCUUCCACUUCGUGGCGUCCGGCACAGGCGAAGAAGAGGCCAACCUAAGGGACACGAUUGCCGCCACGUUCCCUUACCUUCGGUUCCACGUCUACCACUUUGACGCCGCGGCGGUGGCGGGGCUGAUCUCGGCUUCCAUUCGGCCUGCGCUGGACCGGCCGCUCAAUUAUGCGCGGACCUACCUGGCGGCGCUCCUGCCGGAGUGCGUCUCCCGCGUCGUCUACCUCGACUCGGAUGUUGUGCUGGUGGACGAUAUCGCCAAGCUGUGGGGGACGCAGCUGCGGCCUCGGUCAGUGGUAGCGGCGCCGGAGUACUGCAAAGCGAACUUCACUUACUACUUCACCAGCGCAUUCUGGUCGAGCCACGCGCUGUCGCUGACGUUCGCGGGGCGGCGGCCGUGCUACUUCAACACGGGGGUGAUGGUGAUGGACCUGCGGCGGUGGCGGGAGGGAGGGUACACGGCAAGGAUCGAGGCGUGGAUGGAGCUGCAGAAGCAGGUGCGGAUCUAUGAGCUGGGGUCGCUGCCGCCGUUUCUGCUGGUGUUCGCCGGAGAUAUAACGCCGGUGGACCACCGGUGGAACCAGCACGGGCUGGGAGGGGACAACUACAAGGGGAAGUGCAGGGGGCUGCACCCGGGCAGGGUGAGCCUCAUGCACUGGAGCGGCAAGGGCAAGCCUUGGGUCCGGCUCGACGAAGGCCGGCCGUGCCCUGUCGACGCGCUCUGGGCCCCCUACGACCUCGCCCAGCCCCCAUUUGUCUUGGACUCGUAGCCGCAUCUCCCUCUCUCUCUCUCUCUCUAAAUUGGUUAUUGUUUCAUACGAGUCACAUUUUAAGGGCUUGUAUUGUCCUUGUUGGAAGGAGCGAAUUGAAUGUGGGGGGACACGAAACACUACUUCAAGAUGUAAAAAGAUGUUGAGUUCUUUAACAUUUUGUGAUAUAUUUUUUUGGCAAUUUCAUAAGCACAAGUUGAAUGUGUACUUUUUUUUCUUUGUUUGAUAACUUAA